GUGUGGAGAUGGGGGGGUGGGGAUAGGAGGGUUUUCACGGCUCUCUUUUUCGAGUGACACUGAUUACAGUCCGGAUCUAUGGAUUACGAUAUUUUAUUUAAACCUAAUUGUUCUCCAUCAUCUAUGAUUUUUUUAAAUCUACAGCUGUUUCAAGAUUAUUUGAAUACAUCUUCCCAACAAGGCAAAUGUGCUUCCACAUGCAGUUUGAGAGGUGCAUGGAAGCUUGAAGGAUCAAGGAGAGGUUGCCGGUCUUAUUUCAUAUCAUGCUCUUUGAAAGAAAUACUUAGCCAAACUUCGUCAUAAUCGGAUAACCCUGCCAUUUUCUUUGUGGAUCAACAAUGGCUAGUAAACGCAAAUCCACCACUCCAUGCAUGAUCCCCAUCAAAACUGUGAACCUGUGUGCAGAGCUUGAGCCAGCAAUUGAGAAACCCAGCAUCCGUCCGGAUUCCCCCUUGGAUGCCUUUUCUCCCAACAACGACAGAUGUCAGGACCCCCAAGACUCGGCUCACACUCCUGGAGAAGGAGCGGAGCAGCAGCGGGCAGUAGGGAGCACUUUUAUUUGCCCACCGUGCUUCUUUGAGACUCCAGAUCUCAAUAUGUUUUUAGAUCACAUGAGCUGCAGUCACCCAGACUUCAGGACUGAACCCAGCUUCACUUGCCUGAACUGCGAAGUCUCCUCCAAGAGCUAUGAAGCACUGGCUUUGCACAAUGCCCGGGUGCACUCCAUCUUGAUUGCGGGAGGAAGCUUUUCAGAAGCUGUGACAUGGCAAGUGGUGAAGAGAGAUGGACAUACCACUAUUGAACAGACUUUGAUACUAUCUGAUGGGCCAACGGGGGCACGGGAUUUUGAGAUUUCAAUCACAAAAACCCCAAUCAUGAAAAUGCUGAAGGGCAAAUCUGAGCCGAAAAGAAUCAUUGUGUCGCAUUCAGCAGAAGAACCUGAUGGAGGAAGCAAUAGAGAGAAAAAAGAAGCCAUUACGAGCACAACAGCAGGAGCAGCAGCAGCAACACCCGUUAUUGUUUCAGUGACUAGCAAUGCCGCAACAGGAGUCGCAAAUGGUGCUGUUGGCAAAAUGAUCCAGCCAUCGGCAGUACAGUUAAUGAAUGGUUCUAAUGCAGUGCCUGUCGUCAAGACUGCCAUUACACAAGUUGUAUCCGUUGUCCAAAACCAAAGUGUGCAGCAGCCGCCGCCUCCUCCUCCUCCUCCUCCUCCAAGUUUGCUGGCAUCCACCUCACCUAACCUUCCAAAAGUGAUGAUCCCCCUGAGUAGUAUCCCAACAUACAAUGCUGCCAUGGACACCAACAGUUUUCUCAAAACCUCCUUCAGCAAGUUUCCCUACCCUACCAAGGCUGAGCUGUGCUAUCUCACCGUUGUCACAAAGUACCCCGAGGAGCAGAUAAAAAUCUGGUUCACAGCUCAACGGUUAAAGCAAGGCAUCAGCUGGUCACCUGAAGAAAUUGAGGAUUCUCGGAGGAAGAUGUUCAACACAAUCAUCCAGGCUGCACCUCAGCCCCACCACCCGCAUACCAUCACAGUCCUCCCUGCUUCCCUGGGGUCAGGGAGCAUACCCCACAUCCUCCAGGGCAACCUUGUGAGGCCAGGGGGUGUAAUUGUCACGCAGUCCAUGGUGCCAAAUGGAAUCCAACUCACCAGCUCUCCUGUAUCCCUGGCCGUUACCCCAAAGCCCCAGAAUUCAAACAAGCCUCAAAUGGCCGUCAAACCAAAUGCGGGCAUAAUACCAGACAAGGUAACGGCCGCAGUUGCCAGCACCUGCAGCAGCAGCAGUUCUACUAGCAAUAGCAGUACUACUAGCAGCAGUAGUACCAGUAGCAGCAGCAGUACGAGUAGCAUCUGCACUAGCAGCAGCAGCAGCAUCAUCAAAGUGCCUGGUACGCUGCCGCCCGUCGUCAACGUGACACCCAGCACUCGCACUCUUCCCAGCAGUGUACUUGACCCAAGCUUCUACAAGAAUAAAAAAUCGCAGGAGCAACUGACAGCCCUGAAACAGAGCUUCUUCAGCAACCAGUUCCCCGAACAAGAUGAAGUAGAGCGGCUAACCAAGAUCACGGGACUCACAACUCGCGAGGUUCGCAAAUGGUUCAGCGACAGGCGCUACCAUUAUCGUAACCUGAAAGGUAGCCGCUCCUUGGCAAGUCUAAGCAGUGGAGGAAGUGGCAUGUCGAUGCUGGAUCUUGCAGACAGUCCCAGUUCAGUUGCCGUUUCCUCUUCACAGCCGAUGCACCCAGGGUCCAUGUCCCUUUCUCGCCGAGGUUCGCGAUACCAGACCCCAGAUUUUACCGCUGUACGCUACAAGGAGAGGGACCCGCAGCAAAUUCGGGCUCUGGAGGCCAGCUUUGCAAAGAAUCCCGAGCCGUCUGAAGAAGAGGUGGACCGCCUUAGGACAGACACCAAAAUGACCCGUCGGGAAAUUGAUGGAUGGUUUUCGGACCGCCGUAAAAAAGCUGCUGUCGGUAUGAAGCAAGUCCAGAAUGAAGAAGGGAUGAGUGAGGAAGAAGAUGAGGAAGAGGAAGGGCCAGAUGGGACAGCACUGUGGCACUCUAAACCGCAAGAUGGUGAAGACCGACAAGAGACUGCAUCAGCAGUGCCCAAGGUCAACCCCAUUAAAAUCAAUCUCAAAAUGCUGAAGGUGACAGAAUCGGUUAACGGGAAGAAUGACCCACAGCCAACAGAGGUCAGCCCAUCACCCCUAACACGGGAAGAAAACCCAAAAGUGGCCACAGGGGUGUCUCCCCGUAGCAAAAAGACUCCCAGACAGCUGCAUAUUCUCAAGCAAUUUUUUGCACGCACUCAGUGGCCCACUAGUUCUCAGUAUGACCGCAUGUGUGCUCGGACAGGUCUGCCUAGACCAGAGGUGGUGCGCUGGUUUGGCGAUAGUCGCUACGUCUACAAAAAUGGACAGCUGAGGUGGCUGGAGGAGUACCAGCGUAUGGCAGCUAUGAAAGUAAAGGCCAAACAAGUUCAAAAGGCACUAGAAGAGCACCUUUCUGUGCACAAGUCCCUCAAAGAAGAGCACAUCGGCCAACUGAAGGAGGCAAGUGACCUAACGGAAAAGGAGAUUCGAGAAUGGUUUGCAAAACACAUUGUGGAGGACAGAGAAGCUGAAGCUAAUUCCGAGAAAACGACGGAAGAAAAAGACGGGAAGCCAGGAAUGGACAAAAAUACAGUGACUGAGAUUACGGUGCAUGAAGAACCAGAAGAGCAAAACACUGCAGAGAUCGCUGAACCCCGGCCACCGAGCGCAGAUCAAACAAAGUUAGGUAAGCUAAAAGCCAGACAUUGAACCGUUGAACUUAAU